AUGUCUUCUAGCAAAUCGAAAUCGAAAAAGAGCGGUGCAAAAAAGAAAGCGCAACGCGCUACCUCCAAUGUUUUUGCGAUGUUCGAUCAGACGCAAAUUCAUGAGUUUAAAGAGGCAUUCAACGUCAUAGACCAAGAUCGGGAUGGAAUAAUUACUGCUAAAGACCUGACCGAGAUGUUUAACUCCCUGGGCCGGCCCCAAUCGGAUGAAUACAUUGAGGACAUGCUGGGUGAAGCCACAGGAAACAUUAAUUUCACCAUGUUUAUGACGCUGUUUUCAGAGAACAUGCACGGGACAGAUCCUGAAGACAUGAUAAGGAGCGCCUUUACAACUUUCGAUCCCGAUGGAACAGGAGUCAUAAACGAAGACAGAAUCCGUCCACUGUUGAUGAAACUCGGAGACAAGUAAGUCACUUAAAAUGAUUUCUAAUCUUUAUUAAAUAAAGGGUUCACAGCUGUGGUGAUUAACCUCGUGCUGUUUGUCUCAGCUAGAAAAAGGUUCAAACUAUCACCCACAAUUCAAACAGAAAACGCUAGCAGACGAGAAGAUUCUGAUCAAUGUUCCGGAGCUUUGAAGCUGUGGAAGACAUUCAUGAGUCAGGGCGUUUAGCACUUGGCAAACGAUCAGCUGUUUCUACGCCCGAAGUGAAACACUUUUUCUUUCAAACCCACUACCUUUUAAUCAAUAAAAAUAGUAAUCAAUCUAUCAAAUUUUCAGGUUCACGGAUGAAGAAUGCGAUGAAAUGUUCUAUUGUGCUAAAGCGGACGACGACGGAAACUUUAAUUAUGGGGAGUUUACCAAAGUCAUCAAACACGGCGAAAAAGAUGACUGAGUUUUAUACUGUUGAACUGAUUGAACUUCUUACCUAUAGCUAGUGCAAAAGGUUUUAUUGUUAUAUUUCUAUACUCAAGUCUUUGCCAUUUAUAAUUUUGAAAAUAUGUUCAAACUGAUAGAGUAAUUAAAUUCUUUGUGCGUCACAACAUGCAAGGUCAUUGAGUCUAAAGUGAGUGACCCAUCCGUAUGAGGUACACAUUUUUUUGGUAAUUAUAAAUUGUUGUUUCAGUAUCAACGUCCUCAGUUACUCAGGCCAAUUUCACGCAACCGGAUGUUUUUGAAAACCGAGAUUUUUUCCCCGUUCUUAAGGAAACUGAAAUAGGCGUCCACACGUCAGUACUGUAUUUUUAUCCUUUUCCUGACAUGAAAACGCUAAAAAGAUGGAAUAAGAAUUGAAUACGAUAUUGUCCCAUACAGAGCAUACUCAACUCUACUCUGGAGCCCGUGAUCAAGGCUCCUGUGCUAGUAGUAUAUGAUGUUUUUGAUGUACGACAUCGUCUUUUUUAAAAAACCCUUUCGUUCGUCCACACGUAAACGAUAAGCGGGAGUCCGUAUUAAAAAAAAGCGCUUCAUGAACCUUUUUCGAAAACUUGAGUCUUUGUUGACUUUGUUGCUCGAAAGGAACACCGUUUAUAUGUGGUGUUAAACGGAGAAAAACUCUCCGUUUUAAAAAAAUACCGGCAUGGCAUGUGGACGAAGUCUUGGAGACCACUAGUGUGGACCGGGGGCGGCCUCAUUCUUUCUCACAGGUCUAUAUUAUUCGAGUGUGUGUCCCUCGGACCGGUUUUGACUUGCUAGCUUCUGGUAUAUCAUUUGCAUUAUCACUUUCAAAAUUACAUUUUCGAUUGCCAGUUUUUGUGGAAAGGGAAGCUAAUAUCGGCUUUAAAUUGUUGACACAAAUGCGAACCCAAACGAACCAAGGGAUUUGUGAAGAUCAGUUAAAAAUAUCUCGAAACGGAUAAGUGAAAUUUUGUUAAAGAAUCUGGACUGAUGGACUCAAGCGUAUAUCUCUUUUCUUUUUUGCUUAACGUUUAUGGUAUAAAACGGAGUGGAAAUUUUCCUUCUAAGUCUAGCUUGACAAGAUAAUGUAAGUAUUAGUGAGAGUUCGUCUUUUCAACAAGGGAUUCCAGAUUCCGGAAUUCGGGAAACUUUUGCUUAUGGAAUCUGCAAUCUUGAGUUUUGGAAUCCGGAAUACAGCUCAAGGAAUCUGGAAUCCCACUGACGAUUGGAAUCCAGAAUCCAAGUUCUACUGACAAAUACUGGAUUCCAGCACCUGCAAUCCGGAAUCCACGGCGUGGAAUCCAGAAUCCAAGACUGUCCUGGAUUCCCUUAAAUGGCCGUCCGAAACCAGUCACGCAUCACUAAGAAGCCAUCAAAGAUAAUCGGCUCCAGUGUUGUGCGGCAAAGAUGUUGCCAGUUCUAAAUAAAUCUGCAAAAAUUUCGUCCAAGGGAUUUGCACAUUCAUUUCUAUUUAUUAAAUUCAUUUCGUUGUAACUAUCAAAAGAUUUUUGAGUCACAAGCCUCAAGAGAAUUCAAGAGCAGAUAUAUGAAGCGUUUGAUACAAACGUGGGUUCAACAAUGUUUCUAUUCAGAGACAACAAGAAAAAUCUGCGCUGUGAUGAGAUUUUGUCUUUGAAGCCAGAGCAGUAAAUUACAGUGUUUUCAUUAGAGUUAAAUGGGGGAAAAACUCUGCUCUAAUUUUUGCUUUUCUCUGGUAUGAGUAUGUAAUAUUCGUGAGAACAGCUUUCUAUGAAAGACGGCUUUAAUUGCUGUUAUUUUCCUAAUAAGGUCAAGAGCAUUGUAAUCAGCUUACAAAACACAGUUUGAUACCCGGCAUUUUUAAAUAUUCCGGCAAAACAGUGAACUCUGCCCAGCAUCUGGUAUUAACACCGCACAGUGUUAGAAGUACAUUCAGAACAAAUAGACCAAAAUGUCUGGCAAAGCCAAAACCAAAAAGGCAGGCGCGAAAAAGAAAGCCCAGCGAGCGACCUCAAAUGUAUUCGCAAUGUUCGAUCAGCAACAGAUUCAAGAGUUUAAAGAGGCGUUCAGCAUGAUUGAUCAAGACCGAGAUGGCUUUAUCAAAGACACAGAUCUCAAGGACAUGUUUGCGUCGCUCGGGAAUGAAAAGAGCAACGACUACAUUGACGAAAUGUUGGGAGAAGCGUCUGGGCCGUUAAAUUUCACCAUGUUCUUGACACUGAUGGGUGAAAAGCUUAAUGGCACAGACCCCGAGGAUAUGAUAAGGAAUGCUUUUGCUUCAUUUGACAUAGAAGGGAAAGGCAUACUCAACGAGGACAGGCUGCGACCAUUGCUGAAAGGAAUGGGGGACAGGUAUAGUGCCAUUCUUAUCCGUUUACUUCCCGUAAAGCUGAAGGUACUUUUCAAAUUUCACGAAAACACUUAUCUGUAGUUCAAUUCUUAAAGGUCCUUAAAAUUUGGGCUAUAUGUCACCAUAUAUCGCAACGCGUUAAUACAGAUCAGUUGGUUGAGAGUCGUUCACACCCCCCCCGCCCCAUCAAAAAUUUAUUGGAGUACCCCCAGGGGUCGAUGGGCGUUCAUCGACCUACACACGGGUUGAGCUGCAUAAAAUUUGAACAUCAAAACCCUUGAGAAACUUUUAAAAAGUGAGUGCAAAACAUACUGGCAUCUGAUUUUACAAAUACGAAAAUCUUCUCUCUAGGCUGGCGUAGUGACCAGAAAUACUAGAGUGAAUCUAUCGAGACAGUCUCGAUUUCACAAUACAAACAACUUUAUACCGACUGGCAUGCUAAUGAUGGACGAAAGGCUUCAUUCUAAUUUAACUCCAGAUCACUGGGGUAUGACAACCUUUUUGCACAAAAGGCGCAAACUUGGUGUAUGAAAUUGCAGAAAAGGCCCUUUUAUUUUGAAGAAACCGUGGUGUUGCCACUGAAAUGGCAUUUGUAUUUUAAUGACGUUAUGAAGGCAAAUGAUGUACAUGGUACCGCUACCAUUUUGUUUCCUGAAGACACCACCCUUCACCUCCCAUUUUUGCACACACCUUCGGGUCAGUUCCUUGGUGUCCUUCAUAGCGGCAGUCCGCAAUAGCGGAAGCUUUUUUCAGAAGGGACUGAAGCAAAGUGUCCGAGACGCCCGAUCACAACGGAAUUUACUAACUACAUGUACAUGUUUUAAAGAUUGCGUGACGAAUUUAAAAGUCUUAUCUACAAAAAAUUCUUUAAAUCAUAAAUAAACGGCCUAACAUUGCUUUAAACUGACAUUUCAUUUGGUACUUAGAUAAGCGUAGUUCCUCAAUAACACAUCCACUCGUGUCAGUUUGUUCAAGCAGGUAUUAUAUGUUAAUUGUCGGAGGAGUUAUGAACUAUAAAAUAUAACAUUUUACUAAGGGUUGACAUUUCCGUUCAAACCAAACGGGAACAAAACGAACUAAAACGAACAACACGCAGCGUGUAUUAUGAAGUGUAAAAAAAGAAUUUAAAUGUUUCUGACACAAAAGUCGUAUCAUGGUCACGCCUCAGGAAUCGAAUUAAAAGCCGGUGAGCGUGGCUAACGAGUUUUAAGUUUCUGUUGUGUUAUUCUUCAAAACCGUUUUAAUUUACUAUUCAAAUUUUUGACGUGUUUACUUAGAAUGAGACCAGUAUAACGUUUUUGAGUGGUAACUGAUCGAAAAAAUCAUUUAAAGUUCAUGUUCAGAAACAGACAUAAUCUUCACGCAAAAGCCUUUUACACCACAGGAAUUCCGUAGCAGCGUGACUUUAAUUUGACCUUUUAUGUUUGCCAGAAAAACAAAAAGCAAAAAAGAAUAAUAAAAUAAAAGAAUCUUAAAAAAUUAAUCGCCUUUGCUAAUCACAGGUUAAAGUUGCAUUUUAACUUCCAUGAAGCACUGGGACUGUGUCCCGGGGGGUACUCUUGGAAAUUAUUGGGGGGUGCCGCCCAGCUCUCCAAAUCACCUAUACGUAGAUUACAACUGCAACAAAAAAGAGAUUUCAGGGUUGGUAUCAGAACAGGUUGUGAACCGGGGGUACUUCCUGUAAGGACCUAUACGGGCAGGCUCCCAUCCGGACUUUCCGCCGAAGAGGGGUGCCUUUUUCAGGUCUCAGAUGUAGGAAAGGGUAGGGAUUUCACGACAACAACAACAACAUAAGCUUUAUUUACGUGAUUAUAAAAAGCAAAAGCUUUAGCAUAAAGUUACAAUUUAUAACAAUGAUAACGCAAUCCAAUGAUUACUACAGUAUAGUCAAUCAAGUGUCAUCAGCAUUAUUUGAUAACAAAUUAGUACGUAAAUCAUUACAUAAUGAGACAAAUUUCAACAAAUGUGAAUUUACGGAAAAAUUAUGUGAAUUCAUCAAUUUAAUUAUUAAUUCUGUCUAAGAUAGCUGAUUAAAGUCGACAAAAUUUUGUUGGAUUUGAUUGUAGAAUUUCUCUCUUGGGAUUGAAUAUUUUGAACAAUGGAAGAGAAAAUGAAAUUCGUCUUCAAUUAUACCAGAGUUUCAAAUAGGAUACUAUUUGAUAAGUACAUCACUAUUUGAUAAGUACAUGAAAGGAUAGAAGAUAGAAGGUCACAGAAGGAUUUUACGGCUGUGAAAAAGUCACCAUACGUUCUCGUUUUGUCAUUUUUAAGACAGCAGUUAUAAGGGAUGCAAAGUUCUAAACUAAGUACGUGAAAGGGGUACAAAAUUUCAACAGAAGGUAUACGAAAUGGGUACCUUUUCUGGCAAAAAUGGUGUAUAAAAGUAGCCUGCGUAGCAGGCGUCGAAAGGGGUAGGCUCUCCCUCGCCUUUUUGCGCCUGCCACGCAGGCUAUAUAAAAGAGUGAGAGGUUAUAUCUCGCGGCGUAGCUUCCCCGUAUAAAACUCAGGUGAGUACCCCCCGGUUGUGACUUUCUUGCUUGCCUGUUUUCUUUAAGAAGAGACUAUUGCAUUUUAUUUGUUUUUGAUUUAUCCCUUCAACUCAUCCUUCAGGUUUACUGAAGACGAAUGUGAAGAAAUGUUCCGUUUAGCAAAUGCCGACGACGAUGGCAACUUCAACUACUUGGAGUUUGUGAAAACGAUCAAACAUGGAGCGAAGGACGAUUCGUAGAUGCAAAAAACCUUUAACCAUAUCGAAUUUUUUAAAGUAUUACUGGGGAUGAUUUGUGCUGUGCAGUUAAGAAAACCGUGAACACAUAGUCGAACGUAGAUUAAAACUUGGCUUACAUAAGCAUAAGCACAAAUUUACGUCCACUUAAUCGAUGAGUAUUAACGUCUCGUGUUCGUGAUGGCCGGUUUAAACUUGGGAGGCAAUAAUGCAACGGUCGAGAUAGUUCAGAAACAAGCUUUAAAUACAAAACAAACUUGUGCUUCUGGUCCCUUUUCUGCUUCCUUUACAGUGUUAGUCUAAAGCCCUAUUUACAAGAAUAUGUUUCCUUAGUCGUAUAGAUAAGUUGACAACUUUUUUCACCUUUUUAUAAAGGAACUAUUUGUAAAGGUUUCUCUUUGACGGAACGAAUUAUUUUUUGUGAAAGUUUUUCCUUGAAAGGGAAAGCUUUUCCAAGCCAGUAAACGCGACUUAAACCUGUCGGCAUAGAUUUAAUAGGCAUUAAUAGGCACUAUAUAACUUUUCUUCGCCCAACGCUUAAAAUUCAAAUGUGGUGCCAAGCACCAAAUUUCCCGCCACUGCACCUGUAUACUCAUACCAUUUUAUGCUUGUGUAAUCCAGUACAGAAAUGCUCACGGUUUUCUAAUACAUGAAGUAAGCUUUUUAACGGAGGAGUUGAAUAUUAUCCUGUUUUUUUGAUCAAUUUUGUCGUGGGAAUGGGCUAUGUAGCCUGAGAAAAAGCUCUCCAUUUAGGUUGAUAUCGUGCGAGAUGAAAGUUACGC